CUCCUUCAAAUUCCUAAUGACCCCUGUUCUUCAUGCUCACUGGUCAUCUGUAAUUAUUAACUUAACACGGGUUUGGAUGAAAGCUAUUGUAAAGCUUUUGAACACUGUGGGGGGUUCAUUUCAUACACUCAACACUGUUUCAAGCCUUUACAUGGUUUGUCAGUUAGUGGAGGUUGAGGGAGGGAUUGGAACACCGCCCGCCGGGUUUCAGUUAGUUGAGGUUGAGGGAGGGAUUGGAACACCACCCGCCAGCUGUCAGUUAGUUAGUUGAGGUUGAGAGAGAGAUUGGAACACCGCCGGCUGGCUGUCAGUUAGUGGAAGUUGAAGGAAGGAUUGGAACACCGCCCGCCGGGUUUCAGUUAGUUGAGGUUAAGAGAGGGAUUGAAACACCGCCGGCCGGCUGUCAGUUAGUGAGGUUGAGAGAGGGAUUGGAACACCGCUCGCCGGGUUUCACUUGGUUGAGGUUGAGAGAGGGAUUGGAACACCGCCGGCAGGCUGUUAGUGGAGUUUGAGGGUGGAAUUGGAACACCGCCCGCCGGCUGUCAAUAAGUGGAGGUUGAGAGAGGGAUUGGAACACCACACGCCGGGUUUCAGUUAGUUGAGGUUGAGGGAAGGAUUGGAACACCGCCCGCAGGGUUUCAGUUAGUUGAGGUUUGAGUGAGGGAUUGGAACACCGCCCGCCGGCUGUCAGUUAGUGGUGGCUAAGGGAGGGAUUGGAACACCGCCCGCCGGCUGUCCGUCAACUCCCGAACUUGAGCACCGCCCCGCCCCGCCCCCGAGCCUCACAGCCGCGCGGCCGCUUUCAGCGCAGGGAGCGGGGUCAGUCAGAGCCGCCGCCUGAACCGCACACCGGAAUACGGAUUACCGGAGCCGCCGCUGGACCGCAGGACCUCAGGACCCGGGUAUGAGCGCGCGCUCCCCGCGCGGACUCCACUGACAGGCGGCGAGAUGCGCGCGCACGUGCUGCUCCUCCUGGUCCUCUUCAGGUGUCUCGAGCCCGCAGCUCCUCAGACCAGGAAAGAUUCUACACAGGAGCCAGAAGUGAAAGAGAACAAGGUCAAGCCUCAAGAAGUUUGCCUGGGUACCACAAAUGGGCUGAGUUUCACGGACAGCUCUGCUCUGCACUACAAAAACCUGAAGGCACGCUACGAGAACUGUGAAAUCAUCAUAGGAAACCUGGAGAUCACCCUGAUGGAGCGAGACUUCGACUUCUCUUUCCUUGGAGGAAUCCGGGAAGUGACUGGCUAUGUGCUCAUCGCCACAAACCAGUUCAGCCGGCUGCCACUGGGCCAGCUCCGGGUGAUCCGUGGCAGCACCCUUUAUGAUCAGAAUUGGGCUCUGUCUGUCUUCCUCAACUUCGACGGACAGACUGGACUGGAAGAAAUGGGCCUCACUCAUCUUACAGAGAUCCUGGCGGGAGGAGUGCAGAUUGUGAAUAAUAAAUUUCUGAGCUACGUGCCCUCCAUCAACUGGAAAGAUAUUGUGAGUGACAGCAGCGUCCGAGUCGAGAUCGAUCGCAACGGACCAGAAUUGGCGUGUCAUCCUGACUGUAGAGGACACUGCUGGGGUCCAAAUAAGGAUCAGUGUCAGACCUUGACAAAGACGGUGUGUGCGCCGCAGUGCCACGGACGCUGUUUUGGGACCAGUCCUCGAGACUGUUGCAACACAGAGUGCGCAGGAGGAUGUACAGGACCUCUAGAGACGCACUGCUUUGCGUGCCGACACGUGAACCAUUCGGGAGCGUGCGUGCCUCACUGUCCCCAGCCGCUCAUCUACAAUAGGCAGACAUUCCAGCUGGAGCCCAACCCGGACGCCAUGUACCAGUACGGAUCAGUGUGCAUGCCCAACUGCCCCGAUCACUUCGUGGUAGACGGCAGUGCCUGUGUGAGCAGCUGCCCACUAGAUAAGAUGGAGGUUGAGAGGAAUGGCACAAAGCGGUGUGAGCCGUGUGUUGGUCUCUGCCCAAAAGUGUGUAAUGGCACAGGAGCCUCUGACAGGCAAACUGUAGACUCCAGUAACAUCGACACUUUCAUUAACUGCACUAAGAUCCAGGGCAGUCUUCACUUUCUUGUCACAGGAAUUCACGGGGACGACUAUAAUAAGAUUCCUCCAUUGGACCCCAAAAAACUCAAGUACUUCAGCACUGUGAGAGAAAUAACAGGUGUUUUGGAUAUUCAGUCAUGGCCUAAAGAACUCAGUGAUCUGUCAUAUUUCUCCAACCUCACCACUAUACGUGGAAGAUCACUCCGCUCGCCCUUCUCUCUGUUGUUAAUGAAGGUUGACUCCCUCACGUCGCUGGGUCUGCGCUCUCUGAGGGAGAUAAAUGACGGCAGUGUGUAUAUCAGUAAUAACACUAAUCUGUGUUAUCAUCACACCGUGGACUGGGGGAAGAUUUUCACGGGCAAUCGACGCCAGCGCAGGCUCAACUACAAUGACAUCAAGUUUAAUAAACCUCAGAGCCAGUGUGAAGAAGCAGGUCGUGUGUGUGAUCCACUGUGUUCAGAUGCAGGCUGUUGGGGCCCUGGACCUGAACAGUGUCUGUUCUGCAGGAAUCACAGUCGGGAUGGUACUUGCGUGGCCCAGUGUAAUAUCUACUCAGGGGAGACGCGGGAGUUCACAAGGCCGAAUGGUGAAUGCCUCGCCUGUCAUCCUGAGUGUUUGCAACAGGAGGGGGAACCGACCUGCAGAGGAAAAGGAGCUGAUGAGUGUGUGGCGUGCUCUAACCUGAUGGAUGGCCCUCACUGUGUGUCGUCUUGUCCUAAUGGAGUGAAUGGAGAGCGGGGCCAGGCCAUCUUUAAGUACCACAACUCUAAAAGACAGUGUGAGCCAUGCCACCCCAACUGCACAAGAGGGUGCACUGGCCCGACUUUGAGAGACUGUAUAAACCCUGAUAGAGCGUCAGACAGUCCUCCUAUCGCAGCCAUAGUCAGCGGAGUGCUGGCUGGGCUAAUUGUGUGUCUGGCUGUAGCGGUGCUCUCUCUGCUCUACCACAGAGGCCUCGCCAUCCGCCACAAGAGAGCACUUAGGAGAUACCUUGAGAGCAGGGAGAGCAUCGAGCCGCUGGAUCCAGGUGAGAAGGGGACGAAGGUCCACGCUCGGAUUCUGAGAGCUUCAGAACUGCGCAAGGGAAAGCUUCUGGGAUCAGGAGUCUUUGGCACUGUGCACAAGAGUUUCUGGAUUCCUGAAGGAGACUCCCUGAAGAUCCCUGUUGCUAUAAAGACCAUCCAAGACCGCAGUGGGCGGCAGACUUUCACUGAGAUUACUGAUCACAUGCUGUCCAUGGGCAGUCUGGAUCAUCCGUAUAUAGUGCGUCUCUUGGGGAUCUGUCCGGGGCCCAGUCUGCAGCUGGUAACCCAGCUCAGCACUCAGGGCUCGUUACUGCAGCACCUCCGCCAAAACGCCAACAGCCUGGAUCCCCAGCGUCUCCUCAACUGGUGUGUGCAGAUAGCCAAGGGUAUGUACUAUCUAGAGGAGCACUGCAUGGUGCAUCGGAACCUGGCUGCUCGAAACGUUCUGCUGAAGAGUGACUACAUGGUGCAGAUCUCCGACUUCGGGGUUGCAGACCUGCUGUAUCCAGAUAAGAAAUAUGUCUACAGUGAACACAAGACUCCAAUCAAAUGGAUGGCAUUAGAGAGCAUCCUGUUCAGAAGAUAUUCUCACCAGAGUGAUGUUUGGAGUUACGGAGUGACAGUAUGGGAGAUGAUGUCACAUGGAGCAGAGCCCUACGCAACCAUGCAUCCCCAUGAUGUGCCAAAUCUGCUGGAGAAAGGAGAGCGGUUAGCCCAGCCACAGAUAUGCACCAUCGACGUCUACAUGGUCAUGGUGAAGUGUUGGAUGAUUGAUGAAAACAUCAGGCCUACCUUUAAAGAGUUGGCUAAUGAAUUUACCAGAAUGGCGAGGGACCCACAACGUUAUCUUGUUGUCAAGAAUGACAGAAACAGCGCAGUGUCAGAUGAAAGCCAUUCACGAGAAUUCAAGCUGACUGAGGUCAACCUGGAAAGUGAAGAUGAAGAAGUGUUGGAUGACGGGUUUGCUACACCUCCCCUCCACCUGUCACCAUCGAGGAGCCACUCCCGGCUGAGAAUCGGAUCCUAUAGGAGCGGCUCAGGCCAGUCUGUUCCAGUGGGAUACCUGCCCAUGACCCCAAGCCCUGGGGAGGAUUCCAGACAGCUGUGGUAUCAGAGGAAGCGUCUGGGUUCAGCGAGAACGACGUCUGAAAGCUCUGAAGGCCGGGGCACUGUGGUGGACAUAGAGAUGGGCGAGAUCGUCUCCCAGACAGGCAGUCUACGCCGGGGGCACAGUCGGGCAGACAGUGCCUACAUGUCUAACUGUGUGUCUGUGGCAUCUGACCCCCUCUCACCGGUACUGCAGGUGGCUGAGGAGGACACUGAUGGAUAUGUUCUGCCCAGAAGUGCCCACAACUCAGAAAGAGAUGCUCUGAUGGCUCGGCCUGGAUCCAGAGCCAGCCUUCCACGCAGCAGAUCAUCCAGGAACACCAGGAGUCAACUUUCCCCCUUAUCUCCAUCCCAAGAACCUCCACAGGAGUACGAGCUGAUGACCAAACAGCAGCCCACUGUGGUCCCUCACUUACCCAAAGACAGAAUUCACACGACCACGUCCACGUCUAUACCAGGGAAGGAAGGUGCUGGUACUGACCCUCUGGCUUGUAGUACCAACCUCCCACCAUACGAGGACGCCAUUGAAACAGCGAAACAACAGCCUGCCCAGCAAGACACCUGUAACGGUGAAGACUACCUAGAUCUGGCAGCAAGUGAGGACACUAGUGCUAUAGUGCAUUCACCUGAAGCAAGAGAAGACACGAUAGAAAGAGACCACCAACCUGAUGAAGAGAUUUCAGAAGGCAAUAAUGAGGAUGGAGCCACUGCAGAGGAGAGACCACCGCAACAGGCUGUGGUAGAGUACGAAUACAUGGACAUACAAACAGAACCAAAGCCGGUCCAGAGCAGCUCUGAGGAGGAAAGGACUGAAAGAUGUUCAGAUGAGACAGACACUAACUCUAUCAGUCCGUGCAAGGUAAAGAGAGAGUCCACAGAAGAUGUGGUUUAUCAGAACAUGUGUGACAUCCCUGCUUUGAAGUCGAAUUCCACCAAAGGAAGCAGCUUCAAAGCAAAUGAACACAGUAGCAUCAUCACCUGUCUUCCAGAAGAGUAUGAGGACAUGGGUGUAGUAUGUGGGAGAGGUAACGCAUCAGCUGAUCAGGUGGAGUACCAGAACAUGCCAGCGAAGGACAGGAAACUGCAGGGAGAAGUGCCACAUUCAGCCAAACUCAGGGCCUUCAGGGGUGCAUGCUCUGGACCGGACGAGAAAAACGGCAAAACUUCCUUUGACAACCCCGACUACUGGCACAGCAGACUGUUCCACAAACCGGACGCUGUCUGCACAUAACAGCUAAUUAAGACGGGUGAAUUAAGGGCAAUUGAGGCAAAUCUGGAGCUUUCUAUACAAUAAUGGAAGAAAAUAGGCUAAAUAUGAUAGUAAAAAAGUCCCUUUACGCAAGAAAAUAUAGCUUGUAUAUCGCUUAAGCUUAACUGUCCCCAGUUGACCCAAUGUCACCCUUAAUUCACCCUAGUUAAAAUAUGUAGCAGCUGGUUUGCUUACCAGAUUUCUCAGGACUUUUUUUAUACCACCAGUGUAAGACUUGAUGUCAGUGCCGACAGCCAGCAACCAACAGUGCAGCCAACUGUGCAACCAACAGCCAGCAACCAACGGUGCAGCCAACAGUGCAGCCAGUGUAGCCAAUAGCCAGCAACCAACAGUGCAGCCAACAGUGCAGCCAGUGUAGCCAAUAGCCAGCAACCAACAGUGCAGCCAACAGUGCAGCCAGUGUAGCCAAUAGCCAGCAACCAACAGUGCAUCCAACAGUGCAACCAGUGCAGCCAACAGUGCAACCAGUGCAGCCAAUAGCCAGCAACCAACAGUGCAGCCAACUGUGCAACCAACAGCCAGCAACCAACGGUGCAGCCAACAGUGCAACCAGUGCAGCCAAUAGCCAGCAACCAACAGUGCAGCCAACUGUGCAACCAACAGCCAGCAACCAACAGUACAGCCAACAGUGCAGCCAACAGUGCAACCAGUGCAGCCAAAAGCCAGCAACCAACGGUGCAGCCAACAGUGCAACCAGUGCAACCAAUAGCCAACAACCAACAGUACAGCCAACAGUGCAGCCAACAGUGCAACCAGUGCAGCCAAAAGCCAGCAACCAACAGUACAGCCAACAGUGCAGCCAGUGUAGCCAAUAGCCAGCAGCCAAAAGUGCAGCCAGUGAUCAGUGACGCAGAGUGGAGCAACGGUCUAAAGCGCUGCCACUAUUAUUGGGAGAUGGUUUGAAUCCCGGUCAUGCAGCUUGCCAUCAGCUGCCGGAGCCCUGAGAGAGCACAACUAGCCUUGCUCUCUCUGGAUGGGUGAAUGGAUGGGACAGUAGGCCUAGCUAAAUUGGGACAAAAAUAGAGGAAACUUAGAAGAUUAUGACUUUAAUUGGAAAACAUCAAUUUUAAACAUCAGAAUUUGCAUUGGAAAUGUCAAAGAAGUUCUGAGUUUACCAUCAUAAAUGCUAUUUCAUGGCAUAAUUUCAACACUGGUCUUAAAACAACAAGAAAUAACAGUGUGUUUUUAGAUUUUAGGGCAUUUUCACAUCUGUAAUUGGUUUGCCUUGACCUGAAUCAGUUAAUGAAUUGAGUUUUUUAAACUUGGAGCCUUUUGCCCUUGGUUUGGUUGGACUUUGACAUUAACGCAACUGGCUUGACAAUCCCAUACCAGUGUUUUAUGGUAAAUCCAACCGAAAUAUGUCCCAAAGUAUUACUAUUAUUAUUGUUAGCACUGUCCCAGGUUUUCAUUGUAGCGAUACCAAUUGAUAACAAAGCAUUAUUCAGUAUUUUGCAGAUCUAAACACUAUGGAAACACAUCCAGAGGUGGAAAAGAUGGACAGUACUGUGUGUACGAAUGAUUUAAAGACAGACUGAUAGAUAGAAGUGAUAAUAUUUGGGAUAAUUUGGGACCAAACUAGACCAUCUCCUGUGAAGGGUCUUAAUGUGGCUGUUUAGCCCUUAAACAAACACAAAUAUCUACUUAUUAUCAUACUGUCUGUUUAAUAUAUACUUGCUAAUGAUAUUGCUGAACAUAUCGUCGCUGUCUGAUCAAACCUUGUAUAAAUGGGAGCUUUAUGGUAGAAGGAAAAAUGAUUUUAAGUCAUUUUGUUGCAUGUAAAUCUCUGAACACAAUGCAAAGAACAACUGCUACAUUCACAAAUGCCAUUUUAUGUCAUUUAAUAUGCUUCAGUACUUUACACAGACAUGCCAAAAGUCGUGGGAUAGCAGUACGUAAGCUGAUCAUGAAAUGUUAUCUCAUGGAGCAGUUUCUCAUGGAGGAAAUGUUGACACCUGUGUAAGUCCAGCCAAUCAGCUCUCCCUUCUGCCCCGACUCUAAACCCAUACAUCACCCAGUGCCCCUCCCAACACAAUACCAGAUCCUAUCCCAUGAUACUGUAUAUGGCAUAUCAGUAGAAGGGUGAACUUUACAAGGUUUAUCUCCUCUUGCAAUGGUGCUAAAUACACAAAUUUAGCCUUUUAUACAAACACAGCUGCCAGACAAGCUUAUACUGUAAGUGCUAGCUCACUGUGAGCAUCUUUUACAGCGUCAAAACUGCUUCAACGUAGCACGAACACUUCCAACCUGGAAGCAGGGUCUCACAGCUCUCACCAGUGGUGCUUAAUUCCUGCAGAACUGUGGCCCAGAAAGAACCCAGUUUACCACGUGUCAGUGGUGCCAGGCAGUAUCAGCAACACAAGCAUCGGGUGCUUAUCCUGCAAAGCAAGGCCAUCAUCAUCAUUUUAUACCAAUAUAAAAAGAGGAUAAAAGGGACACGAGUGGCAUGGCCAGUCAGCAGGAUCUCGAGCAUGAAGUCCAGACUUUAUUUUGAAGUUUCUUAUGAACUCAGUGUUUGUAUGUUUUAUAUAUGUAAUUAUGUUUUGUACUAUUUGGGGGGAAAAGAAUAUUUUAUGUGUUCAGUAUACUAUGAAGCGUGAAAUAUAAACUGUAUAAAGUGUUUGUGUUCAAAUUUAGACAUCAUAUUUUAGUUUUGAUACAUACUGUAGCUUAAAUGUGAAUGAAAACAAAUGUCCAUCUCGAUUGUCGAUCGUAAAUUAAUGUCUAUAUCUGAACGUUGAUCUGUAAUAAACACAUUACUAAUUCACA